AUGGCAGAAGACGUGCUCAUAGGCAAGCUGGAAAAAAAUCCAGUUGACGGCACACCCUGGACACCCGAAAUUGUUUCAGACGCUGGUAUCGAUACAGAGAAUCAGGCUGCUGGUCCCAUUUAUGCCGUCACUCAAGAACAUCCCGUCUCGACACUUGGAAGGCCAUUGCUACACUAA